AUGCCUGGUUUGAUCCAAUCCGGUAACUCGUCGCCCACUGUUCGCGACAUGGCGGUAGAAGGGCCACCCUCAUCUCCUGCCGAUAAAAAGAGAAACAAACUGGGGUACCAUCGCACUGCCGUCGCAUGUGGUCAGUCUCUGUACCUGGCUUCCUUGUGCGCGACAUUUCUGACCAAGUACCAGUCCAUUGCCGACGGCGCAAGAUUCGCUGAGUGCGUUUUCUUGCCGAUCGACCCGCAAAAUCCGCCCACAGCGAAACGACCUCGCUCGGGGCAAAAGACAGCGGAUGGCUUCGUGAACGAGGGUGAAGCUUCAGUCUCGUCAUCCUCUCCAGGUGGCAUCCUAAGAAGCAGCUCCAUGGAACAAAUAAGUUAUGGGAGGGGAUCCUUGGACACUCCUCCCAUGUCCAAUGAAAGUCCUGGGUUCCCAACUUUUCAGCCGGCAUCCAGAUCCGUCUCUGUCCAUGGCUUUGAUUUUGGGCAUGGGUACGACCCUAGUCAACACCAGCGUCAACAUCAGCAAGUCCUCGUCCCGUCUCCGUACUCACAGGGGAACUUUGAUGUGGAUUCGAUGAACCCUUCGUUCUAUCAGCAGCAGCAGCAGCAACAGCACUCAUAUGGACAUCCAGUUGGCACGCCAUAUUCGUCAACGUUUGCUCCGAGUUCCUUACCUUCCGUGAUGACAACGAUGUCUCAGGAACAGACUCGUGCGUACCAGACGUCUGUCCCCAAUGGUGGCUAUGGAUGGACAAACCCUCCCGCGAGAUCGAUGUCAUCUGACCAAACCGACGAGUUGUCAUCUGGUUUCCCCACCCCAUACCGAACAAACACAUAUCCGUCCUUCGACAGAGGAAUGACGGGCCAGAUGCAGCAUCUACCUCCAACCAGUUCGAGCAUGGUGCCAAUGGGCAUAGAGAGUCGGCACACUUCGACGACUCCGAAUUUUCAGGACCACACGUCAUACCAGCCUAUGCAAACCAAUAUGCACUCGGCUGGUAUCAACCUCAUCCAGGGGUGGCAAACAUACAUCAAGAGGAGGAACAAGCUCGUAUACUACCGUCGCAGAAUCACAGUGCGCAAGAAGGUCAGCGUAAGCCUGGCUGAAGCCGACUAA